GAUGGGAAAAUAAGUGGGCGGUUAAUUAUAACAAAAGUAAACCCUUAUAUUACCAUACAUAACCUGCCUUUCGUCCUGCUUUUCCUUGAACUAAUAUAUUAUCACAGGCAAAUACCUAUUAUUUUGUUUGAAUGUAUGGACCUUACCUAAAAAAAGAUCAACUAGCUAUAUUUCCCUACUAAACAUCAUUGAUUUAUUAUAAGGUGCAUCUUAUUUGUGAUUGGUUGAUUCAAAUCAAUAAUACACUGUGCUGAAUUCUAACCAAUAGGAUUUGUGCUAAAAUUCCCAUAUAUAUAUAUAAUAAUAAUACAAUUGCCUGAAUUAUACCCUGACAUAUUAUUGUCGUUUCAUCAUAUUUAUUCGUACUUUGUUAACAAUAAUAAACUACCGCUUUAUAUUUUCGUCAUAUCUAUAUCAUUCAAAAGGAAAUUUAUAUACAAUUAAUUGAAUAUUUACAAAUAAUAUACAGUGAUUAAAUAAUGGAUCCAUCAGAUCCAGAUUUCAAAUAUUUGGGUGUAGAUCGAAAAGCUUUAUUAAAAGAAUUGGCUAAUUUUGAUAGCAAAAAUGUUAUAUGGGUUGAAGAUGAAAAAGAAGGUUAUGUAUUAGCUGAUAUUAAAGAUACAACUGGUGAUACAAUUACAGUAGCACUUAAAGAUGGAAGCGAAAAGAAAGUUAAAAAAGAUGAUGCACAACAAGUUAAUCCACCGAAAUUCUUUUUAAUUGAAGAUAUGGCUAAUUUGACACAUUUGAAUGAUGCUUCUGUUUUGGAAAAUUUACGUGCACGUUAUUACAGACAAUUGAUUUAUACUUAUUCUGGAUUAUUUUGUGUAGCAGUUAAUCCUUAUAAACGUUUUCCAAUUUAUACUGAACAAGUUGCAUUAAAAUAUAAAGGAAAAAGACGAGGUGAAAUGCCACCACAUAUUUUUUCAAUUUCUGAUAAUGCUUAUCAUAAUAUGUUACAAGAUCGUGAAAAUCAAUCCAUUCUGAUUACAGGUGAAAGUGGUGCCGGAAAAACAGAAAAUACAAAGAAAGUUAUUUCAUAUUUUGCUGUUGUCGCAGCAGCUUCAAAGAAAGAUGAUGAUGAUUCUAGUAAAAAGGGAACACUUGAAGAUCAAAUUGUUCAAGCUAAUCCAGUUCUAGAAGCAUAUGGUAAUGCAAAGACUACAAGAAAUAAUAAUUCAUCCAGAUUUGGAAAAUUCAUUCGUAUUCACUUUGGUACAACUGGUAAAAUCGCUGGAGCCGAUAUUGAACAUUAUUUACUUGAGAAAUCUCGUGUUGUUUCACAAAUGAAAGGAGAACGUAAUUAUCAUAUUUUCUAUCAGUUAUUAUCAACUUAUGGUUCAAAAUAUCAUGACAAAUUAUUAGUUCAAACUGAUCCUGCUUUAUACAGUUUCAUUAAUCAAGGAGAGUUAACUAUUGAUGGUGUAGAUGAUAGUGAAGAAAUGAAAUUGUGCGAUGAAGCUUUUGAAGUUCUUGGAUUUAAUGAUGAUGAAAAAUUAUCAUUAUUCAAAUGUACUACAUCAAUUUGUAAUAUGGGUGAAAUGAAAUUUAAACAAAGACCAAGAGAAGAACAAGCUGAAGCUGAUGGAACUGCUGAAGCGGAAAAAGUUGCAUUUCUUUUAGGUGUUAAUGCAAAAGAUCUAUUAACUUCAUUUUUAAAACCAAAAGUUAAAGUUGGUACAGAAUUUGUAACUAAAGGUCAAAAUUUAAAUCAAGUUACAUAUGCAGUCAGCGCUUUAGCUAAAUCUCUGUAUAAUCGUAUGUUUGGUUGGUUAGUAGCUCGUGUCAAUAAAACUUUGGAUACAAAAGUCAAACGUCAAUUUUUCAUUGGUGUACUGGAUAUUGCAGGUUUUGAGAUUUUCACUGAAAAUGGUUUUGAACAAAUUUGUAUUAAUUACACGAAUGAACGUCUACAACAAUUCUUCAACCAUCAUAUGUUUGUCUUAGAACAAGAAGAAUAUAAACGUGAAAAGAUUCAAUGGACAUUUAUUGAUUUCGGUAUGGAUUUACAAGCUUGUAUAGAUUUAAUUGAAAAGCCUAUGGGUAUCUUAUCCAUUCUAGAAGAAGAAUGCAUCGUUCCCAAAGCUUCGGAUCAAACAUUCUUGUCGAAAUUAUACGAUAAUCAUUUAGGUAAAAGUCCUAAUUUCACCAAACCGAAGCCACCGAAGCCAGGACAUGUGGAAGCUCAUUUCGAAUUGCAUCAUUAUGCUGGAUCUGUUCCAUACACAAUAACCGGAUGGUUAGAAAAGAAUAAAGAUCCACUUAAUGAUAGUGUAGUUGCAUUAUUAGGUGAUAGUAAAGAUCCUUUAGUGUCAAAUCUAUUUACUCCAGUUGUCGGUGAACCUGGUAAAAAGACGAAAGGUGGCUCUUUCUUGACAGUGACCUACAUGCACAGGGAAUCAUUGAAUAAAUUAAUGAAAAAUUUACAAAGCACCAGUCCAUCAUUUAUUCGUUGUAUUGUUCCGAAUGAAUUUAAACAACCAGGUGUAAUUGAUGCUCAUUUGGUUUUGCAUCAGUUACAUUGUAAUGGUGUACUUGAAGGAAUUCGUAUUUGUCGUAAAGGUUUUCCAAAUCGUAUGAUUUACUCUGAAUUCAAACAACGUUACUCAAUUUUGGCACCAAAUGUUAUACCUGAUGGAUUUGUUGAUGGUCGUCAAGUUACAGAAAAAUUAUUAGAAGCAACACAAUUAGAUAAAAAUCUCUAUCAAUGCGGUAAUACCAAAGUAUUCUUCAAAGCUGGUACACUAGCUCAUUUAGAAGAUUUACGUGAUGAUAAAUUAAAUGGUAUAAUUAGUUUAUUCCAAGCGGAAAUUCGUGGUUAUUUGAUGAGAAAACAAUAUAAAAAAUUACAAGAUCAACGUGUUGCACUUACUUUGAUGCAACGUAAUAUUCGUAAAUAUUUAGUAUUACGUAAUUGGCCAUGGUGGAGAUUAUAUACAAAAGUUAAACCAAUGUUAAAUAUUGCACGUCAAGAAGAAGAAAUGAAAAAAGCCGCUGAAGAAUUAGCUAAAUUAAAAGAAGAAUUUGAAAAAUUAGAAAAAUUAAAAAAAGAAUUAGAAGAACAAAAUGUUACUGUAUUACAACAAAAAAAUGAUUUAUUUUUACAAUUACAAACAGAACAAGAUAGUUUAGCUGAUGCUGAAGAGAAAAUAUCUAAACUUGUAUUACAACGUGGUGAUAUGGAACAACGUAUUAAAGAAUUAGAAGAACGUUUAGCUGAUGAAGAAGAUCAAGCAGCUAAUUUAAAUGAAGUAAAAAAGAAAAUGUGCAGUGAAAUUGAAGAAUUAAAAAAAGAUGUUGAAGAUUUAGAAUCAUCAUUACAAAAAGCUGAACAAGAAAAACAAACAAAAGAUAAUCAAAUACGUACAUUACAAGCUGAAAUGGCACAACAAGAUGAAACAAUUGGAAAAUUAAAUAAAGAUAAAAAGAAUUUAGAAGAACAAAAUAAACGUACACAAGAAGCAUUACAAGCUGAAGAGGAUAAAGUGAAUCAUUUAAAUAAAUUAAAAGCUAAAUUAGAAUCAACAUUAGAUGAAAUGGAAGAAAACCUAGCUCGUGAACAAAAGAUUCGUGGUGAUGUAGAAAAAUCCAAACGUAAAUUAGAAGGUGAUUUAAAAGCUACACAAGAAACUGUUGAUGAUUUGGAACGUGUAAAACGUGAUUUAGAAGAGCAAUUACGACGUAAAGAAGCUGAAAUUAGUGGUUUAAGCGGAAAAUUCGAAGAUGAACAAGGUUUAGUAGCACAAUUACAAAGAAAAAUUAAAGAACUUCAAACACGUAUACAAGAAUUAGAAGAAGAUUUAGAAGCGGAACGUGCAGCUCGUUCGAAAGCUGAGAAGAGUCGACAACAGCUUGAAAGUGAAUUAGAAGAAGUUGUAGAUCGUUUAGAAGAACAAGAUGGUGCUACAGCGGCUCAAAGUGAUUUAACUAAAAAACGUGAAGCAGAACUAAUGAAAUUAAAGCGUGAUUUAGAAGAUACACGUUUACAAAAUGAACAAGCAAUAGCUACAAUGCGUAAAAAACAAAGUGAUGCUGUAAAUGAAUUAGCUGAUCAAUUAGAUCAAGCCAAUAAAGCUAAAGCAAAGGCUGAAAAAGAACGAAGUCAAUUCAAAGCUGAAUUAGAUGAUGCACAUAAUCAGGUGGAUAGUAUUAUGAAAGCUAAAUUGAAUUCUGAGAAAACAGUGAAGGCUCUAGAAUCUCAAUUACAAGAAGUUUCAGUGAAAUUAGAUGAAGCUACAAGAAAUUUAAAUGAGCAAGCUUCGACUAAAGCACGCAGCAGUCAAGAAGUUUCUGAAUUACAACGACAAUUAGAAGAAGCUGAGUCACAAUUAAGCCAAUUGAACAAAAUUAAACAACAACUAAGUGCGCAACUUGAAGAAGCACGUCAUAGUUUGGAAGAUGAAAGUCGAAUGAAAGCUAAACUAAACGGUGAAGUACGUAAUUUAACUAGUGACUUAGAUUCAUUACGUGAAACAUUAGAAGAAGAACAAUCAGCUAAAGGUGAUUUACAACGUCAAUUACAAAAAUUACAAGGUGAAUUACAACAAUUACGUUCACGUGGUGGCGGUGGUGGAGAUGUUCGUUCUGAAGAAGUUGAAGAAUUAAAACGUAAAAUGAAUGCUAAAAUACAAGAAUUAGAAUCAGAAGCUGAAUCAGCAAAAUCAAAAUGUGGACAAUUAGAAAAAACUAAAGCACGUUUACAAGGUGAAUUAGAAGAUUUAAUGGUUGAUGUUGAACGUGCUAAUGGUUUAGCUAGUCAAUUAGAACGUAAACAAAAUAAUUUCAAUCGUACAUUAGCUGAAUGGCAAAAGAAAUAUGCUGAUUCUCAAGCUGAAUUAGAAAAUGCUCAACGUGAUGCACGUGGUCAAUCAACAGAAAUCUUCCGAUUAAAAGCUCAAUUAGAAGAAGUACAUGAACAAAUGGAAGGACUUCGUAGAGAAAAUAAGAAUUUGAGUGAUGAAAUUCAUGAUUUAACUGAACAGUUGGGUGAAGGUGGACGUUCAGUACAUGAAAUUGAUAAAAAUAGACGACGACUUGAAAUGGAAAAGGAGGAACUACAAGCUGCAUUAGAAGAAGCUGAAAGUGCAUUGGAACAAGAAGAAGCUAAGGUUCAACGUGCUCAACUUGAAAUGAGUCAAAUUCGUCAAGAAAUUGAUCGACGAUUAGCUGAAAAAGAAGAAGAAUUUGAAGCUACACGUAAAAAUCAUCAACGAGCUAUGGAAUCACAACAAGCUAGUUUAGAAGCUGAAGCAAAGGGUAAAGCAGAAGCUAUGCGUGUUAAAAAGAAACUUGAACAAGAUAUUAAUGAAUUAGAAGUUAGUUUAGAUGGUGCAAAUCGUGCUAGAGCUGAACAAGAGAAAAAUGUGAAAAAGUUCCAACAACAAGUACGUGAAUUACAAUCACAAUUAGAAGAUGAUCAACGUCAACGUGAUGAUUUACGUGAACAAUUCCAAGCUGCUGAACGUCGUGCAACUGUAUUAGCUGGUGAAUUAGAUGAAUUACGCAUAGCAUUAGAUCAAGCUGAACGUAGUCGUAAAAUAGCUGAAGCUGAACGUGCUGAAGCAUCAGAUCGAGCGACAGAAAUGUCUACACAAACUGCAUCAUUAGCUGCACAAAAACGUAAACUUGAAGCUGAUUUGGCUGCUAUGCAAGCCGAUUUAGAAGAAGCUGCCAAUGAAGCUAAACAAGCUGAUGAACGAGCUAAAAAAGCUAUGGCUGAUAGCGCACGUGUAUUUGAAGAAAUUCGUCAAGAACAAGAACAUACACAACAUGUUGAAAAAGCUAGAAAACAACUUGAAAUACAAGUAAAAGAACUUAUGGCUCGUUUGGAAGAUAGUGAAUCAGGUGCCAUGAAAAAUGGUCGUAAAGCAAUGGGCAAAUUAGAACAACGUGUACGUGAAUUAGAAACAGAAUUGGAAGCAGAACAACGUAGACAUGGUGAAACUCAAAAGAAUUUAAGAAAAGUUGAUCGACGAAUGAAAGAGAUUAGUUUACAAGCUGAAGAAGACAAAAAGAGUCAUGAUCGUAUGCAAGAAUUAGUUGAGAAACUUCAAGGUAAAAUUAAAACGUACAAACGGCAAGUUGAAGAAGCUGAAGAGAUUGCUGCUAUCAAUUUAGCUAAAUAUCGUAAAAUACAACACGAAAUUGAAGAUGCAGAAGAACGUGCUGAUCAAGCAGAACAAGCAUUACAAAAACUUCGAGCUAAAAAUAGAUCAUCAGUAUCAACAGCACGUGGUGUAAGCGCUGCACCAGCUGGUGGACCAGGACAUGCAGUAAGUAUUAUUUGUUUAAACUAUUCCCUACAAUCAUUGUCUGAUGAGUUAUUCAUCCUAGGUAUGGUCGACGGUUUCAUCUAUUUCUAAAAAUCUUAUCAGCUAUAGAUUUAAAAAGUUCAGUUGCCUAUGCAACAUAGGCGACAUCUUUCUGCCAGCGAAGAAAUGCUUAUACUGCACAGUAUUUCGUCCUUCUAUACUCUAUGAUUGAGAUAUUUGGCUUUUAAAAAUAUAAUAUAUUCAUUUAUAGAUUAAAAACAUUUGACCAUAGAAGCCUUCUUCUAUGGACGAUGUUGUUUAGUUCAGGAGUAGGUUGAAAGAAAUCUGGGGAUGGUCAAAUGAAAAAAAUUCAUCAGUCCACGAAGUCAAUGACUAUUAGUUUAAACCAUUUAGGUUUAGACUAUUUAGUUGAAACCGACACAAUACCCGUGAUCGGUGGUUGUAAACGUUAGAAUCGUGCUCGUAAACCAACAGCCAGUUUAGCACCAGAAGAAGAGUAAAUCACAUAAUUAACAAUUGAAUUGCUAUUGACCAGUAAUGGACUGUAUUCUAAGAAGAAUAACAUCAUUGCAAAUGCUUUCUAUCAAACUGUUCAUUAUUAUUUUACAUUUUUGCAAAACCCUCUAAACCCCAGUUCGUUUACUUUUUCAGCUUCAUAUUUAGCUUUAGAUCAAUUGUAUUCAGUACAUACUUAUUUUUUGUGCAUUUCACUCUUUCUAUAUAUCUGUAUGAGUAUAUGUGUAUGUAUGUAUGUGUGUGGGCUUUUAGUGAACAACAACUAAAGAAUACUAACAUGACAUUAAUAAUAAUAAUGUGUGUUAAAACUGUUUGAAAGGUGAAUCAAUUACAUAUAUAGAUUAUAGUAAUAGAUACAUAUAUACAAUCAUGUAUACCUACCUUUCCCUUGGCUAUACACCUGUUGUCUUACCUACCUACCUUCCUUCCUACACCUAAGUUUACCUAUACACCUACUUUGUGUCACCUUCAACACUUGAGAUCAUUAUUGAAGGUUGUUUUGAAUACUAUUCAGCGGUAGUGUGUUUUUUUAUAUCAAAAAAACAUCAGUUUCAGAUGAGCUCCUUUUCCCUUUUCAAUAAAAACAUAAACACCAUUCAAUUGUGUUUAGGCUCAUCCAAAAUCCACUUUUUGUUGUUGCUGUUGUUGGUUUUUCGUUGGUUUCGUACAAACAUACUAAUACACACCAAUUUUUGUUUGUAGUUUUGUGUUAUUAAUUGUUUGCUCAUAUAUAUAUAUAAAUAAAUAAAUAAGUAAAUAUAUAUAUAUAUGUAAACAACAGACAUCAAAUUGUCAUUGGUUCUUAUCAUUUUGGACUAUUCUCUCACUGCUAAUCUAUGGAAAUAAACAACUAAUGCACAGAAUCCACCAAGUUCCAUACAAACACACACACACACAAACAUAUAUAUAUAUGCACAUUUAUCUAUAAACACUUACAUUCAUGCAGAACAUGAUACUGAGUCUCAUUAAAAAGAAAAGAAACGAAAAGAAAACCCAGUAAUCAUAUAUGCCAUCUCUUUAUUUGUCUAUCUAGACUUUCUUAUCAAUAAUUAUGCACCAUAUGCGUUAAGUAUCAAUUCGAAAAAUUAAAAAAAAUGUCUAUGAUCUACAUUUGCCAACUGAUCUUAUUACAUUUAUUACAAUAAUUAGUGACAUACAUAUACAAGUACCGUUUUCUUUUACUUUUCCUUGUUUUGGUUUGUUUUCUAUUUUAAAUCUCUUUGCAUUUUUUUUUUCAAUCUCUGUACUUUUCUUUACAUUAUGAAUGAUAUAAAAAUGAUUGUAGUGUAAGUGGAAGUACUAUGUUGCUCUCUAUUUCUUAUAUAUAUACACACACACACUAUGUUUCUAUGUAUUCAUUAAAAGUAAUAUUGUUUAUUCACUGAAAUUCUUCUCAUCUUACCUAUUAUUAUCAUUAUUAUUAAUAUUACGAUUAUUAUUAUUAUUAUUAUUGAUAAUAAUAAUUUAUUAUUACCUAGUUUACAAGUCUACUUACAUUGGAAUACAAAAAGUAAUUUCAUCUCCCUUGAGAAUGCUAAUAAUUGAAAUGAGUAAUAAAUUCACUUACUCUAUAUGUUUGUUGAAUAGUCUUUGACUUUUUGUUAUUUGGUUAUGUAAAUACAAGUGGGAAUAAUUGUUUACACAGCGUGGCAAUACUGUGACCCCCUAGUAGAUAAUAAUAUGUGUUCAUAAUGAGAGAAGGCUUUUUGUGGAUAUUAUAGUAAUUAAUAUAAUACUCACGAAAACA